AUGGUGACGGACUCGGUCAACGACGUUGAGGCGGAAAAGGCGGGCCAGGGGCAACUGGGGGAUGCAGAAGUAGGCCACAAUGAAUACAGUGAGAAAGAGGAGCGGGCGCUGCUGUGGAAGCAGGACCUCACCAUCCUGCCCCUCUCGGCCUUCAUCUACUUCCUCUGCUACCUUGACCGGUCCAACAUUGGCAACGCGCGCAUCCUCAACUCGUCGACGCGCAAUGACAUGCAGACCGAGAUCGGGGCGACGCAGUACCAGUUCAACAUCGCCCUCAUGAUCUUCCUGAUCGCCUACGCCAUCUUCGAGGUGCCGUCCAACAUCCUGCUCAAGAAGCUGCGCCCGUCGCGCUGGCUGGCCUUCCUCAUGUUCUCGUGGGGCGCCGUCACCAUGGGCCUGGGCGGCGUGCACACCUUCUCGGCCACGGCGGGCGUGCGCUUCCUGCUGGGCGUGUUCGAGGCUGGCUUGUUUCCGGGCCUGGUCUACUAUCUGACCUUCUGGUACAAGAACGACGAGCGCAGCGUGCGCGUGGCCCUGAUCCUGGCCAGCGCGACGCUGGCGGGCGCUUUUGGCGGGGCUAUUGCGUAUGGCAUCGGGCACAUGAACGGCGCGCGGGGCCUGUCGGCGUGGCGCUGGCUGUUCAUCAUCGAGGGCGCUCCCUCGUGCCUGUCGGCCUUUCUCGUGCUGUUUUUGCUACCCGACUACCCGGAAGAGUUCCUCAAGGGCAGGCAGCGUGAAAUCGCCCUGGCACGGUUGCGUGUUGAGGGCAGCAAGAGCCACCACCGCAGCAUGACGUGGCACGACGCAAAGUCGACCCUGACCGACUGGCGCCUGUACGGCCACUACCUCAUCUAUUUUGGUGUCUCGGUGCCCUUUAGCUCGCUCUCGCUGUUUGCGCCCUCCAUCGUAGCAGGCCUGGACUACAAGGACCUGCAGGCGCAGCUGAUGACGGUGCCGCCCUAUGCCGCUGCUUAUGUAACCCAAAUCCUCGUCUCCUACUCGGCCGACCAUUUCAACGCGCGGGGCCUGCACAGCGCCGCCUUUGCCCUGAUUGGCGCCAUCGGCUUCAUGGCCUCGGCGCUGCUGCCCCCGGACGCCUACCUGCAGCGCUACGGCUGCCUGAUUGUAGCGUCUGCGGGCGCCUUUGCCUGCGUGCCGCCCAUGCUGGGCUGGCUGACGUCCAAUGUGUACUCGACGGCUUCAGUCGGCCUCGCUGUUGCCAUCAAUGUCAGCAUGGGGGGCGGCAUCGGCCAGAUUCCCGGCGUGUGGAUCUACAAGGCCGAGGACCGCGACCGGGGCUAUCCGACGGGUCAUUGGGUGAAUGCGGCCAUGCUGUUCAUGGUUGCGACUGGCGCAGUGGGGUUGAGGAUUUUUUAUGGGUGGAAGAACAAGCAGCUGUUGAGAGAGGCUGAGAGCGCUGGAAGGGAGGUGAGGUUGUUUAAAUUUUAG